AUGUUCCAGCCCCGUCCGGACGAAUCAUUUCACUUGCGCCUCCACAGGGCGCGAUCUGUUGUGUUAACGACACAAGAACUUGUUGAAAUCAGAGCCGCACAGCGCACCUUUGAAGGCGCAUAUGUUCGUACAGCUCUCGGCCAAUUCUCAUUCGCCCUUAUUAUCCUCAAGGUCUUUACCGAAGAGUUCUACGCCAUAGGCGCGCUGUUCGCUGUGUAUGGAGUCGCCGUUAUGCUGGUUGCCAUCUACCGUCGAUACGAGGGUCAGAACCAGUUCUUCACGUCAGAGACUGCUGAUGGUUCCUUGAAGAGAAAGUUCAGGACGAGGGAACAAAGGCAGUUUCCCGAAGAAGCUCUUGGAUGA